AAAAAUCUUUCAGUUCUGUAAAGACCUCUGGAGAAACGGUCGUUUCGGACUCUGUCAACGUUUUUGUCUUUGGAAAACACAAAAUUACACAAUGGCGUCUGAUUCUGUGGACGAUCGGGAGAUGAGAGAGGCGCAGAGAGAGUAUCUGGACUUCUUAGAUGACGAUCAAGACCAGGGAGUGUACCAGAGCAAGGUACGGGACAUGAUCAGCGAGAACAACAACCGACUUAUCGUCAACAUCAACGACCUGAGACGACGCAACGAGGCCCGGGCUGCCAGGUUGAUGACUAAUGCAUUUGAGGAGCUGCUGGCAUUCCAACGUGCUCUGAAGGACCUGGUGGCGUCUGUAGAUGCUACGUACGCCAAGCAGUAUGAGGAGUUCUUUGUUGGUCUGGAGGGAAGUUUUGGCAACAAGCACGUCACUCCCCGCACCCUCACCUCUCGCCUGCUGGGCAGCAUUGUCUGUGUGGAGGGCAUCGUCACCAAGUGUUCUCUGGUGCGCCCCAAGGUGGUGCGUAGCGUCCACUACUGUCCAGCCACCAAAAAGACCAUGGAGCGGAAAUACACCGACAUGACCAGCCUGGACGCCUUCCCUUCCUCUGCCAUCUACCCUACCAAGGAUGAGGAGAAUAACCCGUUGGAGACAGAGUUUGGUCUGUCCAUCUAUAAGGACCACCAGACGAUCACUGUCCAGGAGAUGCCAGAGAAGGCUCCGGCUGGCCAGCUUCCCCGCUCAGUGGACAUCAUACUGGAUAAUGAUCUGGUGGACGUGGUCAAGCCAGGAGACAGAGUCCAGGUGAUCGGGACCUACCGCUGUCUGCCUGGCAAGAAGGGGGGCUAUACCUCUGGGGCUUUCAGGACCAUCAUGAUAGCCUGUCAGGUGAAACAGAUGAGUAAAGAAGUGUCUCCGUACUUCUCAGCGGAUGACGUCUCCAAGAUCAAACUUUUCAGCAAGUCAAAGAUGGAUGUGUUUGACCAGCUAUCCCGCUCCCUAGCCCCCAGUAUUCACGGUCAUGAGUACAUUAAGAAGGCCAUCCUGUGUAUGUUGUUGGGAGGAGUGGAGAAGGUUCUGGAGAAUGGGUCACGCAUCAGAGGAGACAUCAAUGUACUGCUCAUAGGUGACCCGUCAGUGGCUAAGUCCCAGCUGCUGCGUUAUGUCUUGCACACGGCGCCCCGAGCUAUCCCAACCACCGGCCGAGGGUCAUCUGGAGUGGGCCUGACCGCUGCUGUCACUACUGACCAGGAGACUGGUGAGCGUCGUCUGGAAGCGGGAGCGAUGGUUCUGGGGGACAGGGGUGUGGUCUGUAUCGAUGAGUUUGACAAGAUGUCCGACAUGGACCGUACAGCCAUCCACGAAGUGAUGGAGCAGGGCCGUGUUACCAUCGCUAAGGCUGGUAUCCAUGCCAGGCUCAACGCCCGCUGCUCCGUGCUGGCAGCUGCCAACCCCGUCUACGGCAGGUACGAUCAGUAUAAGACUCCUAUGGAGAACAUUGGUCUGCAGGACUCUCUGCUGUCGCGUUUUGACCUGCUCUUCAUCAUGUUGGACCAGAUGGAUGCAGAGCAGGACAGAGAGAUCUCAGACCACGUCCUCAGGAUGCACCGAUACAGAGACCCCCGCGAACAAGACGGGACAGGUAACACUCUACUACUAACCACAGAUCUAGGAUCAGAUGUACCACCAGCGACAGGUAACACUCUACUACUAACCACAGAUCUAGGAUCAGAUGUACCACCAGGGACAGGUAACACUCUACUACUAACCACAGAUCUAGGAUCAGAUGUACCACCAGCGACAGGUAACACUCUACUACUAACCACAGAUCUAGGAUCAGAUGUACCACCAGCGACAGGUAACACUCUACUACUAACCACAGAUCUAGGAUCAGAUGUACCACCAGCGACAGGUAACACUCUACUACUAACCACAGAUCUAGGAUCAGAUGUACCACCAGGGACAGGUAACACUCUACUACUAACCACAGAUCUAGGAUCAGAUGUACCACCAGCGACAGGUAACACUCUACUACUAACCACAGAUCUAGGAUCAGAUGUACCACCAGCGACAGGUAACACUCUACUACUAACCACAGAUCUAGGAUCAGAUGUACCACCAGCGACAGGUAACACUCUACUACUAACCACAGAUCUAGGAUCAGAUGUACCACCAGGGACAGGUAACACUCUACUACUAACCACAGAUCUAGGAUCAGAUGUACCACCAGCGACAGGUAACACUCUACUACUAACCACAGAUCUAGGAUCAGAUGUACCACCAGCGACAGGUAACACUCUACUACUAACCACAGAUCUAGGAUCAGAUGUACCACCAGCGACAGGUAACACUCUACUACUAACCACAGAUCUAGGAUCAGAUGUACCACCAGCGACAGGUAACACUCUACUACUAACCACAGAUCUAGGAUCAGAUGUACCACCAGCGACAGGUAACACUCUACUACUAACCACAGAUCUAGGAUCAGAUGUACCACCAGCGACAGGUAACACUCUACUACUAACCACAGAUCUAGGAUCAGAUGUACCACCAGCGACAGGUAACACUCUACUACUAACCACAGAUCUAGGAUCAGAUGUACCACCAGCGACAGGUAACACUCUACUACUAACCACAGAUCUAGGAUCAGAUGUACCACCAGCGACAGGUAACACUCUACUACUAACCACAGAUCUAGGAUCAGAUGUACCACCAGGGACGUCAUUUUCAACGUCAUUCAUCUCAGCUACUUAUCAAGGCUUUGAUCUGAAUCAGAUGGUUUUAGUGCUUGGCUUGAACAACCGUCUGGAUAUCCUGUAGCUUUCCUGUGUGUGUGUGUGUGUGUGUGUGUGUGUGUGUGU